UUUGUGUUUCCUUGCCCAGGUUGACCCUAAGGACUACAUGCUGAACGGUCUCAAGGACACCACGGUGGGCCGGCUGCCCGGCACGCUGAAGGGCCAGCAGCUGGUCAUCCAGGACUGCGAGAACUGCAACAUCUUCGUGUUCGACCACUCGGCCACUAUCACGGUCGACGACUGCGUCAACUGCCGCAUCUUCCUGGGCCCCGUCAAGGGCAGCGUGUUCUUCCGUGACUGCAAGGACGUGCACUGCGUGGUGGCGUGCCAGCAGUUCCGCACGCGCGACUGCAAGAAGAUGGAGGUGUUCCUGUGCUGCGCCACGCAGCCCAUCAUCGAGUCUUCCACGGGGAUGCGCUUCGGCUGCUUCCAGUUCUACUACCAGCUGGCCUUCCACUUCAAGGACGCGGGCCUCAGCAUCUUCAACAACAACUGGAGCAACGUGCACGACUUCACCCCCGUGUCGGGCGAGAACAACUGGAGCCUGCUGGCGGAGACGGCGGCGGUGCUGGACUCGGUGCCGCCGCCCGGGCCGGAGUCUGAGUUCAAGGCGGUGCGCGUGUCGGGGGACGCGUCGCGCAGCAUCGUGCCGCUGACCAGGGGCGGGCGCCGGAAGGACAGCGAGGAGUCCUGCCUCUUUGUGUUCUUUGCGGGAGACUACACGACCGCCAACGCUCGCAAACUCAUCGACGCGAUGAUUGAGAAAGGCUUCCUGUUAAUCCAGACCAAGGAGGUGGCCAUGAGGCCUGAAGACGUGAAGAGGGUUUUCCAGAACGACACCGCUGACCAGCUGGAGUGGAGCACCAAAGGUUCCGUAACUGCGCUGGAGUUGAAUGGAGACGGGGUGGUGGAUGCCUGCAGGACGAUCGCUAUCGAGGUCUUCAAUGGAUCCAAGGUGUUUGUUUCGGAAAACAAGAGUACUUCUUCACGGGACGUUGACAACUUCUUCAAUUUUGCCGACAUGCAGAUGGGCUUGUGAGUGUGAUGCGUCGAACAAAUUGCACAUCGAACAUUUGAAUGAUUUUCUGUAGAAAGCCCAAAUGGCUGGUACGGAAGGUUAGA